AUGGUGAAGACAAACUUUGGACCUUUUCCUCGACCGGACCAGCUGAAAGGGAAGAAGUACUGUAAAUUCCACAACUUGUGGAAUCAUAAUACAGUUGACUGCGUGAAGCUUAAGGACCAGAUUCAGGUAUGGCUCAAUAAUGGCAGCUUACAGGUGGAAGCUCCGACGACCGCAGCGGCAUUAGUAGACCUGAACCCUUUUCCUGACACUGGGAUCAAUAUGGUUGACGUGAACUGGACAAGGCAGAGUCGGAGGAAACCAACCUUAGAUUUGAACACAAAGGGGGGAGAAGAAAAGUACGACGAGGAUGAGACUCCUGCAAAGACAAAAGCUAAACCAGUUGGUCAAGCCUCAUCCGUGGUCCUCUGCUCAUGA